GUCACAUGACACAUAUCCUGUCAAGAUGGCGGAUAAUCUCCCUUCGGACUUUGAUGUGAUCGUAAUAGGGACUGGUUUGCCUGAAUCCAUCAUUGCGGCUGCAUGUUCAAGGAGUGGCCAGAGGGUUCUGCAUGUUGAUUCACGAAGCUACUAUGGAGGAAACUGGGCAAGUUUCAGCUUUUCAGGGCUGUUGUCCUGGCUAAAGGAAUACCAGGAAAACAGUGACGUUGUGAUUGAAAAUUCAAUGUGGCAAGAACAGAUACUUGAAAACGAGGAAGCUAUUCUUCUUAGUAGCAAGGACAGAACAAUUCAACAUGUAGAAGUAUUUUGUUAUGCCAGUCAGGAUUUGGAAAAUGAUGUCGAAGAAGCUGGUGCACUGCAGAAAAAUCACACUUCUGUGGCAUCCUGGAACGCCACAAAAGCUGCAGAGACUGCUUGUCUGCCCACUGCAGAUGAACCAUUGAGCACUGGGAGCUAUGAAAUACCUGCAGAACAACAUCAGUGCAGUGGUCCAGAGAGUUCACUAGAAGGAAAUGAUACUGAAGAAGGAGGCAAGAAAGAUAAUCAUAGUGAUGAUAAAACUCCAGCAGAAGAAACAAGUGAAAACGUGCCUAAAGUACAAGACAACACAGAGACACUAAAGAAAAAUAGAAUUACUUACUCACAGAUUAUAAAGGAAGGCAGAAGAUUUAACAUCGAUUUAGUAUCAAAGCUUCUCUAUUCUCGGGGACUACUAAUCGAUCUUCUAAUCAAAUCAAAUGUUAGUCGAUACGCAGAGUUUAAAAAUAUUACAAGGAUUCUUGCAUUUCGAGAAGGAAAUGUGGAACAGGUUCCAUGUUCCAGAGCAGAUGUCUUCAAUAGCAAACAACUUACUAUGGUAGAAAAGCGAAUGCUUAUGAAAUUUCUUACAUUUUGUAUGGAAUAUGAAGAACAUCCCGAUGAAUACAAAGCAUAUGAGGAAACUACCUUUUCUGAAUAUUUGAAAACUCAAAAAUUAACUACCAACCUGCAAUAUUUUGUUCUGCAUUCAAUUGCAAUGACAUCAGAGACAACAGGCUGUACUGUAGAUGGUCUCAAAGCUACGAAAAAUUUUCUUCGGUGUCUUGGGCGGUAUGGCAACACUCCAUUUCUGUUUCCUUUAUAUGGCCAAGGAGAACUCCCACAGUGUUUUUGCAGAAUGUGUGCUGUGUUCGGUGGAAUCUAUUGUCUUCGUCAUUCUGUACAGUGCCUUGUAGUGGACAAAGAAUCCAGAAAAUGUAAAGCAAUGAUAGAUCAGUUUGGUCAAAGAAUAAUUUCUAAACAUUUCGUUAUUGAAGACAGUUACCUUUCUGAGAACACAUGUUCCCGUGUGCCAUACAGGCAAAUAUCCAGGGCAGUCCUGAUUACAGAUGGAUCUGUACUAAAAACGGAUUCAGAUCAACAGGUCUCCAUUUUGACAGUGCCAGCGGAAGAACCAGGAAGUUUUGCUAUUCGAGUCAUUGAGUUAUGCUCUUCAACAAUGACAUGCAUGAAAGGCACAUAUUUGGUGCAUUUGACUUGCAUGUCUUCUAAAACAGCAAGAGAAGAUUUAGGAGGAGUAGUACAAAAAUUGUUUACUCCAUAUACAGAAAUAGAAGCAGAUAAUGAACAAGAUGAAAAGCCAAGAAUUCUAUGGGCACUCUACUUCAAUAUGAGAGAUUCUUCAGAUCUCAGUAGAGAUUAUUAUAAUGACUUACCGUCCAAUGUCUAUGUGUGCUCUGGCCCAGACUGUGGGCUAGGAAAUGAUAAUGCAGUCAAGCAGGCAGAAACAAUUUUCCAGCAAAUCUGCCCAAAUGAAGACUUCUGUCCAGCCCCACCAAAUCCUGAGGAUAUUGUUCUUGAUGGCGACAGCUCACAAGAAGCUUCUGAAUCCAGUGUCAUACCAGAGGCCAACUCAGAGACUCCCAAGGAAAGUACAGAGCUGGGAAACCCAGGGGAGCCCUCUGAAUAGUGGCUAUGCAUCAGACAAUACCCUACUUUGGAAGUUCCUUUUGGCUUCAAAGUCUUCUUGGUAGAAGCAGUAUUUGAAAUCUUUUAAAAAGCAACAACCAUUUGAUAAGGCAAAAUUACAAGAAGAAAUGAGACCCAGAAAUCCAAAAGGAUUUUUCUUCAAAGAGGACAUUUCUAGGAACAUUAAAGUCUUAUAAAGCACAUUGACUUGCCUGUUUUAAGAUACUAGACCUGUGAGAUUUGCAGGUGAAAAAUAUAAAGUGUAGCCAUGAUGUGAAACGGAUCCUAUGCAUUGUUAAUAAUUAUGUGGUGUUCACAUAAAUUUGUUUGCCACUUGGGAUCUUUUUUGUUUGAAGCCACAUCUGGUGAAUCAGCUCAGCUCACAAACUUAUUUUGGUUAUUUGAAUUAUAUUUUCAUUCUGGAUAUGAUAUAACAGAUAGAAGCAUAUGUAAAUACAAUAUAGUAAAGCUAAACU